AUGGCCAUCUCGUCUCGGCGAAUGGUGAGGUCGCUUUGCGCCCUCCUCGCCUGCGUCGUCAUCGUUUCGCUCCUCCCAGAGUCGCUAUUCUCCACCACGGACCACCACAGCCAGCGAUUCGUCGAUGUCAUUGUCGAGCAGCAGCCCAAGACGUACAGGAUCCCGGUGCCGCAGAUCAGACGCAAGAAAAAGGUCGAGCCAGCGCCAGAACCAGCCACACCGGUCCUUGAAAAGCAUCGCUUCCGGUCCGACGGUUUGCUGGAAGUCAAUUUGAAUGGGCCGCACCCGAUAUACGAGCUGAUGUCUCGAGCCGAGAAGACUUGGAAGUCAAAGUUGAAUCACGCCAGCCGGACACUGGAAGAAGCAGUGGAGGAGUACACCCGGAGGUACAACCGACCGCCUCCAAAAGGAUUCGAUCAUUGGUGGGACUAUGUUGUAGAGCACAACGUUCAGCUUCCCGACGAAUACGAUCAAAUAUUCAACGAUCUCGAACCGUUCUGGGGCAUCGAGCCUGAAGACCUCAUCGCCAUCCAGCAGGAGGCGGAGACGAAGAAAGACUCGUACACGGUUGGCAAGACGGAAGACGGCGAUGUCGACGUGUUAACUUACGCUUUCGAGGAAGGACGCUACCAACAGCUCAUCGUUGGGUCCAGAGGCGUCGUGUCGCUUCUCCGUGAAGUCCAGGAUUACCUCCCACCCUUCCGAGCCACCUUCUCACCGCAUGACGGUCCCAAUCGCAUGUCGGACUACAACAUCAAGAAGAGGGUCCUCGACGCUGCAGCUUCGAACCAGUACGUUCGAAGAGCAGACCUCCCAAAGAUAUCCGGAACGGGGUGGCGAUUCGCCUGUGCCCCAGACUCGCUGCCCCGCCGCAGACCGCCUAAUCUCGACGAACCCCCUCCAAGGCCUGCGAAGAAGACCUUUAUCCACGACCAUGUUCGCACCAUGGAUCCUUGUAUCCACCCUAAUCACUUCCACCAGCACGGCCAAUUUCUUUCUCACAACAUGGGGCCUUUAUCCACGACCAGGGGCCGCCCCUACCUAGCCGUUGGCAGUCAUGCAAUGGUUCCCGAAUUCGCCCAAUGCUCGACGACACUGCACCACAACAUUCGGUACCCGACCCCCUAUGGCUGGGUUGAAGAUAUCUACCCUCGCUCCGACGACCCACCCUUUGACGAUAAGAUCGACGACCGCCUGUCGUGGCGUGGCCGGAACACGGGCAUCUUUCACUCUAGCACCACGCUAUGGCAAAACUCGCAGCGUGACUUCCUAGUCGGCUUCGCAAAUGAACUCGAGGGAUCAAUCAAGCUUCUUCCCCCCAAUGUCACCGAAACCGAGCCACUGGGUGGCUUGCGGGAGAUGCGGAAAUCGAGACUUAAUCCGGCUGUCAUGGACAUCGCGUUUGCAGAGGGCCCCAUAGCGUGCUCGGAAAGCACUUGCAAGGAGCUCGAGGCUAUUUACCCUUUCCGGCCUUACCAGGGGGCCAAAGAGGCAGGCCAAUACAAAUAUGUCAUUGACGUCGACGGCAACGGGUGGUCUGGGCGGUUUAAGCGCCUUAUGACGAGCAAUGCCCUUAUUUUCAAAUCGACCCUCUACCCUGAGUGGUACGCCGACCGCAUCCAACCUUGGCUGCACUAUGUUCCCAUCCAGCUCGACCUUUCCGACCUCCACGACGCGCUCGUGUUUUUCCGGGGCGAUGGAAACGGCGAGGGUGCCCACGAAGACCUUGCUAGGACGAUAGCCGUCGCCGGUCGAGAGUGGAGCAAGACCUUUUGGAGGAAAGAAGAUCUUGUUGCCUACUUUUUCCGGCUGAUACUUGAAUAUGCGCGCCUGAUGAGCAAGGACCGGGAAGCAAUGUCAUUUGUGUUGUCAUACGAUGAAGACUAACGGACAGGUUUUGUAUUCGUUAUACACUAUCUAUCAAUCUAUAUCGGUUUCACUUGGAGGUUAU